UGUAGGGACGCGAGGGUCUCGUUGGGUGAGGAGUCCGGGAAGGCCCGCCCAGAUUUGGGUCCCCUGCCUGCGCUUCUCCCCUGGGCGAAGCUGGGGGCCCGGGUCACAGACAGGCACCAGCCGGACGAGGUUGGAGCGGGCAGCCGCGGCGGGGCUGGGCGAAGUAACUAUGCCUACUUGGGGGGCCGGCUCCCCGUCACCCGACCGCUUUGCGGUGUCUGCUGAGGCAGAGGACAAGGUGCGGGAGCAGCAGCCCCACGUGGAGCGCAUCUUCAGCGUAGGGAUGAGCGUCCUCCCGAAGGACUGUCCCGAGAACCCCCACAUCUGGCUUCAGCUUGAGGGCCCCAAGGAGAACGCGAGCAGAGCCAAGGAGUACCUGAAGGGUCUUUGCAGCCCAGAGCUGCAGGAUGAGAUCCACUACCCGCCCAAACUACACUGCAUCUUCCUCGGAGCCCAGGGCUUCUUCCUUGACUGCUUGGCCUGGAGCACGACAGCCUACCUGGUGCCCCAGGCACCUGGCUCGCUGAUGAUCAGUGGCCUGACUGAGGCCUUCGUCAUGGCUCAGAGCCGCGUGGAGGAGCUGGUGGAGCGGCUGAGCUGGAACCUACUCUCAAGGCCAUCCCCUGGAGCUUCUCAGUUUGCUGGUGUGCUGAGAGACUUCUCCGCCCUACUGCGGCCCUGGGGGGAUGCCCACAAAGAGGCCCUGCUGCAGCUGCCUCCGGCUGUCCAGGAGGAACUGCUGAGUCUGGUGCAGGAGGCAUCCAGGGGCCAGGGGCCACAAGCAAGCCUCUCCUGGGAGGGGAGGAGCCCAGGCCUGUUGGGUGCUCAGCUCCUGGCAGUCAGAGAUACCCUGAGUGAAGGCAGGAAGUCCCUGGACGCUGGAUCUGUGGGGCAGGGAGAGUCAAGGGGGGAGAGACAGGGUGGUCCUAGGGAGAUGGAUUUGGGGUGGAAGGAGCUACCUGGGGAAGAGGUCUGGGAGAAAGACAUGGCCUUGGGGCCACAGUCAGGGGGAAGAGAGGUAGGGACAGCAGGGCCCCUGAAAGGGAAGGCUGUAGGGAAGGAGGGGCUGCCUCAGGAGAGAGGAGGGUUCUAUGCCCAGGGUGAGUCUCCUGGUGCCCAUGGCACCUCUCGGAGGGCAAGUCAGCCCCGGGGAGCCUCCCUUCUCCAGCGGCUCCACAAUGGGCAAGCCUCACCUCCAAGAGUGCCUAGCCCUCCACCCGCGCCUGAACCUCCAUGGCACUGUGGAGACCGGGGAGACAGGGGAGAUAAGGGAGACAAGCAGCAGAUCGUGACUCGAGGUCGGGGGUCUCCAUGGAAACGGGGCACCCGGGGGGGCAACUUGGUGACUGGUACUCAGCGUUUCCAGGAGGCCCUACAGGACCCUUUCACCCUGUGCCUUGCCAAUGUGCCUGGCCAGCCAGACCUCCGCCAUAUUGUCAUUGACGGCAGCAACGUGGCCAUGGUGCAUGGCCUCCAGCACUACUUCUCCAGCCGGGGCGUUGCCAUUGCUGUGCAGUACUUCUGGGACCGUGGCCACCGGGACAUAACCGUCUUUGUGCCUCAGUGGCGCUUCAGUAAGGAUGCCAAGGUCAGAGAGGGUCACUUCCUGCAAAAGCUGUACUCCCUCAGCCUGCUCUCCCUCACUCCCUCACGGGUCAUGGAUGGCAAGAGGAUCUCUUCCUAUGAUGACAGGUUCAUGGUGAAGUUGGCUGAAGAGACGGAUGGGAUCAUUGUCUCCAAUGACCAGUUCCGGGACCUGGCAGAGGAGUCCGAGAAGUGGAUGGCAAUCAUCAGAGAGCGCCUGUUGCCCUUCACCUUCGUGGGAAACCUCUUCAUGGUCCCUGAUGACCCACUGGGGCGAAAUGGCCCCACCCUGGAUGAGUUCCUGAAAAAGCCAGUCAGGAAACAGGGGUCUUCUGAGGCUCAGCAUCCUUCUAGGGGCAUCACAAAACAUGAUAAUCAGCAGCAGGGGAGAGAAGAGGAAAAAGGCAGUGGUGGCAUUCGGAAGACCCGAGAGACAGAGCGGCUCCGGCGCCAGCUGCUGGAGGUGUUUUGGGGCCAGGAUCACAAGGUGGACUUUAUCCUGCAGCGGGAGCCGUACUGUCGGGACAUUAACCAACUCUCUGAGGCUCUGCUCAGUCUCAACUUUUGAGCCUCACCUGCUUGAGUGGCUGCCACCUGUCAGCUCCAGUCCAACCCAGCUCAGUCCCUUCUGUGAGAGUCCCUCUGCUGCUCAGAACCUGACCCAGACUCAUCCUGAGUUGGGUCAGGGAAGCACUGAGGAAGAGCAUGUGAGAGUUGCAAACGUUCUUGCCUGGGGCACUUUGGGGAUAGGUCCAUAAAGUGACCUGAUGUCAUCUGGAGUCAGGACCUCAACCAGCUCUCAAGAGGUUCUGCUCAGCCUUGACUUCUCAACUUUGCCUUAGCACAUGGUUUCUGUAGGGAGUGGGGGCUGUUUAAAAGAGUAAGUCCUAGAGACUGGGACUACUACCAGCUCUACCUCCAAGCCAAGUUGGGGGUGGGAAACAAUGGUGGCAAGGAAACUAAGCCUUUCUUUCCCCUGGCUGCUACUCUGGGUGGUCAGAGGACAGGUGCUGCCCAGGCCUGGCUAGGCUUCCGGGACUCUCUCGGCAGAAACGUUGGGCCCUGGAGAGGCUGUAGUGUUAGGUGGGCUGCUCGCAGUGGGGGAGCUGGGAGCUGGUGGAGAAGGCAGGGAGAGACUUGGCUUCUGGUCUCAGCUAUGCUUGUCUGGGACUGUGAUCAAGCUGCAUGGUCUUUGUUUCUGCCUAUAAAUCAGGGGUAGAAAUACCUGUUGGGAGGAGCAGUGAGUACAUACAGGAAAGCUCCUUGGAGAAAAGGUAUUCUGACCAAGUCUCAGGUUUGUCUGACUGACUGCACAGGUUUCCUAACCAAGACCUAACUUUUAGAGAGCUGUGGGUAGUCUGUCCACUGGGCAUCCACUCGUGCCCUGGCUUUUAACACAGAGUUCUCAGUAUAAUGUGCCCUAUAAUGGCUGCGUCCCUUUUGGGCAACCCCAUAAUCCACAUUUACAAAAUAGUUAAAUUAGGGGGUGACUUUUUACAUUACCAAAAUACUCUCAGGUUUCCUUUAAAUGGCAGCUCUCCCAUUGCAAUCAAGUGUUUACAGAUUAAUGUGUCAGAAAGUCCCGUAAGAUGCACUUGCUGAAAUGCUGGGAACAAUCACGAAACCAGUGAAGACAUGUUCUGCAAUGACAAUGACAAUGUGAUGUGACCCUUAUAUUUUCUGUACACAACACAUAUGUUGCAUAAAGUGAGGCACACUUCUGUUUCGUGUGCAUGUGUGUGUAUGGGGGAUGGGAGGGUUUAUAGAGGUUCUAUCUUGAUGAACACAUUAUCUGGAAAGCGAAAACCAAAGAAUCACAGUUGGAAGGUAUCUGACUGGCCACCAGAUCAACUCUGCUGUCACAUCAGGACAUUCUCUCUCCACACUGAUUUUUGGAGGUCACUAUUCCUGUAUUUGCUUGAAGUCUUCCUGUGCCAGAGAAGUUAUACUGACUCACAAGGUAGCAUGUUCCAUCUUUGCACAGUAUUAGUCAUUUGUCCAUUCUUUAGUGCAGCCCCAAAGAAGCUUUUGUAUUACUUCUGCCUUUGAGGCCGGUCAUUCCUUCAGGAACAACAGAGCCAGUCAAAUUCCUAGAGAAGAGUCUAAGACCAGAGAAGGAAUGAGGAAAGGUGCCCUGAGUUCUGUCUGGACUCUGCAGCAAACCUCUAGGCAUAGUCCUUUUCAGGCUUGGACUUCCUGGUUCUGAGAGGCAGAGGGAGUUGAAUGCUGUUGCUCCCAUCCCUCAUUCUAGCAACUUGCAUGGGGAGCUGAAUGAUGGUAGAGACAGUCCCUGGGUCCCAUGCACCUCCUACCACUACCCUCCCUCCCAAGACUGAUGAUUUACACCACUAGACAGUAUUGACCUGGGCUGGGGAUGGGUGUGUUGGACAGUGGCUGGUCAGGGAGGUGACAGUGACUCAGAGAUAGUCAUAGUGCCCUUGGAAGAAAGGAGAUUGGCUAAUAUGACCUGAAUUGGGGGUGGGGGGGGACUUCUGGUCAAGUUGUGGCAAAAAAAAUACAGGGUAGAUAAAAAGGGUAAAGGUCCUAGAUGAACACUUGGGACUUUCUUCCCUCUGAUUGGGCUGAAUUUAUAGUGUUGACUGCUGUAUCCUGGGUUCCUUGCCCCAUUCACUUUCAAUAUGAUGGUGAGGUGUGAGACGGCCAGAGGUAUCUUCUGCUUUUUGUGCUGUAGACCUCUGUUGACUGAAGUGGCCCCAUUUAGCAGAGAGGCAAGUCCUAUGCUUGUCACAGGCAGAGAUACUGACUUUGUCCUGCUGCAGCUUGAUGAACUGGGACCAACAUGUGAUUAUUAAUUCCCUGCCAUUUGGUGACAUGGACUGAAGGCUGUCCUAGACCUGGCCUCACCUCUUCCUCUGUCAGCAUCAUGCUGGCAAUCCAUGAACAGGUACACAGGGUGACCACUGGACCUACUGGAAAUUGGUCUUCAUUUGUUUCUUCUUCCCAUCUUUAUCACAACCCCAUGUCCCAAAUUUGUGUCCAACACUUGUGAGGAGAGAUGUCCACUGCAACUUUCAAAACCCCAUAUAAGGGUAAGAGUCAAUCUAAGGUGACAUUCUUUGAAAUAAAUUCUGGGAGAACCUAGGCCAAAGAGAUGAGUCGAAGCUAGUGAGAUAGAUUUAUUGCCUAAACUGCAGAGCAUUCUCUGUAUAGCACAAAGGAGAACUGAGGCAGGAGUGGGACAGUUAGGGAAACCAAGCUUGGAAAUUUCUUCGGGAAGGGGUUGAGGUCCUAACUUGAUGGAUUUACAACCUUAAGACCACAGGCAGUCUCUCAAAUAGGGUGGAGCAACAAAACAAUGGGAGAGAAGUAGGAAGGAGGAAUCCCUAAGAAUGGGUGACUUCAGAGCUCAAGUAGAGGCACACCUGAACCUAUUCACAGUAUCUAACCUGGAAGACACUGUUGGAGGGAGAGGCCCUGCCAUU